GUCACAAACACAAAAAAAACGUGAAAUUGCCCUGAUAUCUAACAGCGAUGAGGUAAUGUCUAUUCGACCUGUUUUACCAGAGUCGCGGGAUGUCGGAGGUGUUGCUAGCUGUGUACUAGUUCAUGGAACAUGGUACAGAACAGGACUGACCGGUCGUCAAGCACUCGAGAACGGGGGACGGCGUGAGGAACGAUCAGAGGGGAGGUAUAUAUAACACCAGUCGGCAGCGAACAGACAUCACAUCUUCUUUUGUGUUCACACAGCCAACACAGAGCCAACAUGAAGCUGCUCGCUCUGGUCUUCGUGGCUGCGGCCGUGUCGGCAGCCCCGCAGUUUGUCGCCGAUAGCCAGCAGUAUGUCAGCGACGGUCAGCAGUUUGUCAGCGGCGGUCAGCAGUUUGUCAGUAGCGGCCAGCAGUUUGUCGACCAGCAGUCCCAGUUUGUCAGCGCUCAGCAGCCCCAGAUCCGCAUCAUCAGCCAAAAGUUCGACCAGGACCCGUACGGAAACUACGAGUACGGAUACGAGCAGGACAACGGACAGAAGGUGCAGGAGGUCGGCCGCGUCCAGCCGGGCCCGCAGCCCGACACCGGGUCUUUGGAGCAGCAGGGCAGCUACGAGUACAUCAGCGAUGACGGCAACACCUACCGCGUCGAUUACUUGGCCAACGAGGGUGGCUUCCAGCCGCAGGCCGCCCACCUGCCAGUGGCGCCGGCUCAGAUUCCCGAGUACGCCCAGCUGAGGCAGGAGCACCCGGAGCUGUUCUGGGCUGAGAACCAGAGCCAGGGUACCAUCAUCAACGAUCAGCAGUACGUCCAGUCUGAGCAGUUCGCUCAGCAAGGACAGUUCGCUCAGCAGGACCAGUUCGUUCAGCAGGACCAGUUCGCUCAGCAAGGACAGUUCUCUCAGCAAGGACAGAUCACUCAGCAAGGCCAGUUCGCUCAGCCACAGCAGCAGAUUAUUCAGCAGGACCAGUUCGUUCAGCAGGACCAGUAUGCCCAGGGUCAGCAGUUCAUCGUUUAGGAAGAACGAUUUCUGAUGUUCUUUCCUGAGUGAUAUUCUUAUGACUUGUGUUGAGAUACUUGUCUUACUUUGACAAAAGCAAUACACAUAUAAGUGAUACUUAUAUUCUAAUGGCAUUUUGGGGCGUGAAGCAUCUAAUA